AUCACUGAAGUGGAAAAUUAGAGAAGAGCUACUUUCACUUCAUGAUUGACCCAAUUUCACGACGUUCGUACAGACUAAGUCAGUCGACUUCAGGCACCGUUAUGGCUUGCUCCUCGGUUUGCUGCUUGCAUUGUCGGAAAGAAUUUCGACUGAAGAAUUUUGGAUUUGCAGACGUCCAUCCUGCUCGUUUUGUCAUGUUUCAGUGGCGGCUUCCCCCAAUCCUCUAUGUGGUGUACCGCAUGGUCAUGGCGGUGUAUGCAGACUUCUGGCUAAUCUACACGUCAACAUCCUUCAUUGGCUUUGGUACUGAAGACAUGACCGACAUUGACCCAGGAAAUGCUUCCACACAGAAUGGAACGAAGAAUGGUACAGACUUCGUACUUUACCCAUGGUAUGCUUACUUGACUAACUGGACAUACCUCUUGUUGAGCUUGUAUCUGACAUGGCAUUUUUUCGUCACUGUGGCUUACCUUCUUCAGAACCCCAUGCCUCUAAACAGUCGUCCAGAUCCGAGUUUACACAGAAGAAUUUUCUCCGAGCUGAAUCCCUCUGGAAGCUUUUACAAUACGUCUGACUAUAACUCGGUUAUGGCGACCUCCAUGGAUCCUGUGAUAGGAAGUGAUUCGAUGGUUCUUCCGUGGUACUUCAAGCUCACCUGGGUGCUUUAUAACAUGGCAAAUGUUGGGUCUCUGCUUGUCACUGUGGUUUUCUUUGUCUUCCUUUGGCCCAUGUUCAACACAUCCAAUAUUGGCUUGUUUAAUCUGCAACUUCAUGGAAUAAACACGGUGCUCAUAGGAAUUGAACUCUUUCUCACCGCUAUACCAUAUCGCCUGUACCACUACAUAUAUACUUUAAUGUAUGGGUUGGCGUACCUUAUUUUUUCAGCUAUAUUCUAUGCAGCUGGAAAUACAGAUCCAAUAUAUCGUGGUGUAUUGGACUGGUCUAAACCAGGUCAAACAGCUGUUAUUUGUUUACUUCUGGGCUUUGUUUUUAUGCCCUUUUUGCAGGCUUUUUUCUUCUUCAUAUACAAGUUGAGACUUUUAAUAUACAAAGAAAUUUCUAAAGAUGUCAUUGUGAAUGAAAAUGAAGAUGCAUUUUCUUCAGACAUCAACAAUAUAUGAAUUUGAUCAAUAUGUGUUGAUUAAAGGCCAUCUUUAAAAUAAUGUUUGCUAGCCAUCUCCCUACUCAGAAUGAAAUUGGUAAUUAGGUAGGUGGAAAUUUUUUGUCAAAAAUUAACCUAUUUAUUAAUGGUACAAGAGGGGAGGAAAAAAUUGUGUCCUUGACUGUAAAAACAGAAUUUGAGUCGGGACAUUUUUUAGACAGUGGAUUGAUGGGAGAGGGCAACCAAACAAUUUUUAAAGAGGCCUAAAUGAAAUAUUUUAUUAUUUUUGAACCAAUAUUUCAUUGAUUGCUGUAUCUGAAACAGACACCCCUCUUUUAGGGGGCUGGGGCUGGGUUAAGAAUACCAGAAACUGAGAGAUACAUUUCUUGUGUUAUUUUGUCAUUUGCUUGCCUUUAGUUUACCAUUUGUUCACCAUUUUCAACGUAAAAUUGCUUAAUUUUUUCUUACAUGUACAUAAGUUGAUACUAGUCAUAGAACAUUUCAGAUAGUGUAAAUUGAUGUUCAUGUAUAUAUAUAAAUUGCUGCUAACGCCUACUGUAUUUAGUUUUGUAGAGAGUUUCCCAUCCAGGAUUCAGUGUUAGAAUGAAUUUUGUUAUAUACAGUAGAAUUAGAAAUUCAGUAUACUUAUUCUUAAAACACAUAUCUUUAACAUGUUAAGCAAAGAAAAAUAUUUAUGUUGAUUUAAUUAUUUUAUAAUCAAUAUUUGCUAGAAAUGAGCUGUAAACAAUGAAUUGGUUUUAUAUUUGCAUCAAGCAAGAUAUACAAACUGAGCAUAAUGCUAAUGCACAUUUUACUCCUGCAAUUACAUUCGUUUAGCAGAAGCUAAAAGUGAAAUAUUUUGAUAAUGAGAGAUACAUAUAUGUAUGUUAUAUGCUUUUUAAAUUGAUUCAUGGUCUUUGAGCAAUCAAGAAUACAUUUCAUUUUUUUGUGGUAAAUA